AAACACAACUGAGGUCCGAGGAAGAGUUACAGUUUCACUCAUGUCUUGUUCCACAGCCAAACCACUCUCUCGAGUCCACCAUGAAUUCUCAAAGUUCAGACCUUUUCCUCUUCUGGGUUCCUUUCAUUUUUCCUCAAAAGGCUCAAGACUAGAUGAUACAAGCAAAAACCAAGCACAAUUCUCUGAAUUGGAGAAGAGCAUAUAUACAAUUUUAACCAUAGACCGUUGGGAGUCCUUGAACCACAUGGAUUACAAGUUAGCUUCUUUGAGGCAAGUUCAUGGAAGGCUAGCUUUGAAAUUUCUCAACUUUGUUGUCAAGCAACCUGGUUUGGAACUCAAUCAUCUUACUCAUAUGUUUUCAAUAACUACUCAUGUGCUUGUUAGAGCUAGAAUGUAUGACUAUGCUAAAUCGAAGUUGGGGCAGUUAUGUAAGAUGGGUGUUGGCCCAAGGUCUGUUUUUGGUGCUUUGAUGGAUACAUACCCUCUUUGCAAUUCAAACCCUUCAGUUUUCGAUUUAUUAGUAAGGGUUUAUUUGAGAAAUGGAAUGAUCGAUGAUGCUUUGGAGACUUUUAAUUUGAUGUGUUCUCGAAAAUUUAAGCCAUCAGUUUAUACUUGUAAUAUGAUGUUAGGUUCCAUGGUGAAAGAUAGAAGAGUUGGGUCGGUUUGGUCAUUUUUCAAGGAAAUGCUUGGCUGGAGGAUUUGUCCUAAUACUGCUACUUUUAAUAUAUUGAUCAAUGUUUUGUGUGUCGAAGGGAAGCUUAAGAAAGCCGGUUAUUUGUUGAGAAAGAUGGAAGACAAUGGUUAUGUUCCAACUAUAGUUACUUACAAUACUUUGCUCAAUUGGUUUUGCAAGAAGGGGAGAUAUAAAUUAGCCUUUGAGCUGAUUGAUCAGAUGCAGUCCAAGGGUUUUGAAGCAGAUGUUUGUACAUAUAAUAUGCUUAUUGACGAUUUGUGUAGAAACAACAGAAGUGCAAAAGCUUACUUACUGUUAAAAAAGAUAAGAAAGAGAAGCAUAUCUCCCAAUGAAGUUACCUAUAACACUCUUAUUAACGGGUUUGUCAAGGAGGGAAAGAUUGGAAUUGCGACUUGUGUUUUUGAUGAGAUGUCAAAUAUUAAUCUUUCGCCAAAUCUUGCUACUUACAAUGCUUUGAUUGAAGGGCAUUCUCGUGAGGGUAAUUUUGAAGAAGCUUUAAGACUCAUAGAUAUGAUGGAACAAGUGGGAUCUCAACCUAAUGAAGUCAGUUAUGGAGCCCUUUUAAAUGGGUUGUGCAAGCAUGCCAAAUUUGACUUAGCAAGAAGAAUUUUUGAGAGAAUGAGGACAAAUGGGAUGGGUUUCAGUUGCAUACUGUACACUGAGAUGAUUGAUGGACUAUGCAAAAACGGGUUUUUGAAUGAAGCUAUACAGAUGCUUCAUAAGAUGUUCGAGGAGGGUGUGGCUCCUGAUAUUAUCACAUUUUCUGUGCUUAUAAAUGGAUUUUAUGGGGCUGGAAAGAUAAAAAAUGGGAAGGAAGUUAUAUGUAAAAUGUUUAGAGCUGGAUUUACACCUAACAAUGUCAUUUACUCCACAUUAAUCUACAAUUUUUGUAAGAUGCGACGCAUCACAGAAGCAUUGAAAAUUUACAGAAUUAUGAAUUGCAGUGGCCAUGCUGCUGAUCAUUUUAUUUGUAACAUUUUGGUUGCUUCUCUUUGUAGAGAUGGAAAAGCAAGAGAGGCUGAGGAUUUCAUGCAUCACAUGAGUAGGAUUGGUCCUAACCCUAACUCCAUUACAUUUGAUUGUGUUAUAAGCGGCUAUGGAAAUUUGGGUGAUGGGCUGAAAGCAUUUUCUUUGUUUGAUGAGAUGGUUGUAUUAGGCAAUAGUCCCAGUUUUUUCACAUAUGGCAGCCUACUUAAAGGACUAUGCAAGGGUGGAAAUCUGGUAGAGGCAAAGAAAUUUUUGAGCAAGCUGCACUACAUUCCUUCUGCUGUGGAUAAUGUUGUCUACAACACUAUACUUGCCGAGUCCUGCAAAUCAGGGACUAUGUGUGAGUCAGUGGUUCUUUUUGAUGAGAUGGUUCAGUUUGGUAUUCUUCCUGAUAGUUACACGUAUACCAGCCUUAUCAAUGGGUUAUGUAGAAAGGGAAAAAUUGCUGCUGCCCUUCUAUUUUUGGGGAAACUGAUGGAGAAAGGAGCUUUUUCCCCAAAUCUGGUUACAUACACCUGUUUAGUUGAUGGUCUUUUCAAGGCUGGCCAAUCAAGGGCCGCUUUUUAUUUUUAUGAAGAGAUGGAGCAGAAGGGCUCAUAUCUUGAUGUUCUUGCUCUUAAUGUUGCUAUAGAUGGAACAUCAAGGAUGGGAAAAAUGGGGAAGGCAAAUAAUCUGUUUUCCAAUAUGAGAAGCAAAGGUUUAUGCCCCAAUUUGCCUACAUAUAAUAUUCUGUUGCACGGAUAUUCUAAGAAAAAAGAUAUACAGAUGUGCUCUGUUCUUUUUAAACUCAUGAUCAGUAGUGGCCUUUUGCCUGACAGAUUAACAUCCCAUUGUCUCAUUCUUGGAUUUUGCAAGUCAGGCAUGUUGGAUGUAGGUAUUGAAAUCUUGAAAACGAUGAUAUCUAGAGGGGUUGAAGUUGAUCGAUUUACAUUUAACAUGCUUAUCAGCAAGUGCUCUGAAAGUGGUGAGACAGGAAAGGCAUUUAAUCUGGUUAAUAUUAUGAACUUUUUGGGAAUAAUUCCUGACAUAGAGACCUAUAAUGCCAUCAUUAAUGUGCUCAACAGAAAUCUUGCUCUCCAAGAAUCUCGUAUUAUUUUGCACGAAUUGGUUCAGAAGGGCUUCCUUCCCAAGGGUAAACAAUAUAUUACAUUGAUUAAUGCUAUGUGUAGAGUUGGGAAUAUGAGAACAGCUUUCGAUCUGAAGGAUGAAAUGGCAUCACUUGGUAUCACUUCUUGUGAUGUUGCUGAGAGUGCUAUUGUACGAGGACUCGCCCUAUGUGGGAAGGUUGAAGAAGCAAUGUUGGUUCUCGAUAACAUGCUCCGUAUGCGACUUGUUCCGACUGUUGCUACAUUUACAACAGUUAUGCACAUGUUCUGCAAAGGAAGUAAAAUUGCAGAGGCUCUACAGUUAAGGAAUAAAAUGAAACUUUGUGGUCUGAAGCUUGAUGUUGUUGCUUACAAUGUCAUCAUUUCAGGCCUUUGUGCUGAUGGGGACGUAGCUGCUGCUUUCAAACAUUAUCAAGAGAUGAAACAAUAUAGUCUGUGGCCCAAUGCCACUACUUAUACUGUUCUAGUUAAUGCCCUUCUCACUAAGGGGAGUAGCCCUUUUACCGGUGAUGUGCUUUUGAAGGACUUAAAGGGGAGGGGAAUCAUAUCUUGUGAUUGGGAUGGAAGUACUGAGCAGAUUCACAGGGCAUUGUUGAUUGCCAUGAAAAGGUUGAAGUACUUGCAGCAGAAUAAGAGAAAAUAGUAUUGAAAAAAAUUAGGAAUGCAAUGCAAUGCAAUGUGGUGGUGACAAAAAUCUAGACCCUUUUUUUCUGGAGGUCUGCUUACUGAUGAAUGUCAAAUGGAACUCUUACUACUCAACCAGUCAUGACACUCUAACUUGGUUUGUGUCAAGUCUCUAUCCUUUGGUUCCUCUAUGGACUAUUUUUCCAUUACAUUCAAUGUAGCUGUUUUCUGCUUUCUCAGGUCCAAUUCAUUUUCCUUCCUUUUUGGAUAUCAUGGAACCGCAAAGCAUGGUUUUCAGAGAGCAAACUAUCUGGAAAUUUUAUAGUCUGUUCAAGAUAUUUCAGAUUCACGUAGGAGGACGUUGGAUAAAGGUAAAGGGUACGGGGCACGGACCACUGUAAAAGAGGCAAAGAACAAAUUUUCAGCAGCUGGUAGCGAUUUGUCUCAAGGUGCCUCAAGCUGUACAGACAUGAGUUAAAUUUUCCCAUUUAAAAAGAAAAAUUCCUUUUUUCGGAUUGUUCUGCCAUCUGAUUUCUGGAGAUGCACCCCUUGUUUUUUGUCUUGUUCAUUCAGGACCUAACCAAUCAAAUAGAGUUUAUUGAUUUAGCUUUGUUCCUCAUCAAGAAGAGUGCUGGGAACAUAUUUAGAAGCCAGAACUGCAUCCUUGCUGUAUCCAUGGAAAAGGUAAAACUUCACAGCUCGUCACGUGCUGCAUACGCCUUGGGAAGAUCAUGAACUUCUAGCGAGUACUCCCGCAAAUCAAGGUGUCGUAAGUGAAAGCUUAUACUAAAACCUCAUCUAUAUGUUUCUUGCCCUUGGAAAUCUUUCUUCAUCAACACAAUGCUCUGUCAUGAUUUCUCGGGAGAACAAGGAUUCCUUAUGGCUAGCAGCCCAAUAAAGAUGGUGGGGGGCAAAAAAACAGCUCCCUCAAUGCGUGAUGAAGCUGCUCGUUUAGUGAGCCUAAUCAAUCCACGCUUGGUGAGUUCUGUUGGUAAAUUUUGUUGAUUGGGGUACCUUUUCUUUAGAUUUCCCAUGUUACAAAAAUGUUGUGUACUGCUCUUGGCAUGGCAGACAGAAUCUAGCAGCAUGAACAAGGAUAUGCUCCACUGUAAUUGACUUUGUAAUAGUUUAUUGUUUGCUGUAAUAUAUGUAGUUUUCUUGAA